AUGUCUCCAACUUCUUCGACUAUUAGUGAACGAGACCUAAAUUCUAAACUUACUGAAAUAUUCACUAAAAUUGGGCAACUUGGAAAUGCACAACAAGGCAUCCAAGAACUUUAUGACUUAUUAAUAGAACAUCCGGAAUGUGACGUCAAAGUUAAUGCAUUUCUCGCUUCCGCUGGAACUUUCUUUCAAAAAUAUAUUCGAAAGGCGCUAGCUGACCUUACUACUCAAGAAAUGCAAAAAUGCGGAAUGUUGCCUAAAGAAUCUCUAACUCCUUUAACUCCCGUAUCCACGGCGAAAGACACUCCUUUACAAAAACGACCAACCACCCCCAAAAACAAACCUCCGCAUAAAUUUGCUACAAACCGUUGCUCUAAUAGUAUUGCGAUAAAUGCUAUUUCGGCGAAAGACUUUUCUAUUAAAAAUGAUUUUCAUGAAGUAAAAUCGAGUUUUCCUAUAACCCCAAGGACAA